AUGUCGUCCUUCGAGCCACGCGAUCUUCAAUUAGCCCUGCGUCCUCCCGCUGACACUAGUUUCUUCUAUCAUGAUGCCUUCAACGUGAUGAACAACGUAUCGCAGAACUGGAAAGACUACGAUACCGGAAAGAUAAAACUGGGAGAUACGAUUAGAUGGAAUGUUGAAAUCUAUAUGUAUGGCACGGGCGCACCGGUAUUCGUCGACGGCGACACAGGCGCUUCUGUGGUCAACCCCAAGUUCAAGGAAGACGGAGGGGAGAUUAUCAUUCUAAUCACGCACUCUGGAACCAUCACCCUCGCCGACGUACAAGGUCAUCAAAUCGAAUACUUUAAUACCGUAUACGGCCCGCGAAAGCCCGGGGAUACUUUCGAUGUCUCUAUUGGCGUUGACGUCCAAGGACAGUACCCGGAGACAGGCAACUAUGUCAAAGAAGGAUCUGACUACAGAUAUACCAUCUCGUAUGAGCAAAAGAUGCCUAUGUUCAAGAACAAUGGCCACGAGGUCUUUGACUUCGCGGCCCAGUACAAAGACAUAUAUACCUUAAGCAAGGCACAGCAGUCAGCAGAGCUCCAUAACACAUACCUCAAGUCUGGCCUUCGACUAGAUGGAAACCAUACUAUCGGCGUGUCUUAUCCGAUACAUGGCUUGUCUGCCUUCCGCGUAAGCAAUCUCGACGUAUUUCCUUUUGAUAUCACGUUCGUGCAUGGCAUACAUGGAAGUUACGAGCAUAACCAUGAGGAGAGGUACAUGAGUGGAGUUCCCGUGAACUACAAAGUUGAUUUAAACUCCCUAAAAUAA